CGGAUGGCUGGGCAGAUUGCGAGCAUCGCAGGAGCGCGGCGAAGCCUAUGAAACUGCUACACCUGGUCGAAAACGCCGGGUGCAUGUACCUAAUUUUUUGACUUGAAAGGUAGCUAGGUGAAUUCCAUAACAACCACCACGAGUGUCGCUCUUCUGGAACUGGGUAACCAAGCCAUGUCCUCAAUUGAUGCAUCAGUUACUAGGAGUGCCUAUUCUGGCGAUGCUGAACCACUGCAGCCAAGGUGCCGAGAAAAAUCCUCGCUGCAUCGUGCAACACGCCAGCUGCUGGUUCUGCAAGAUUUGCAGUUUCCGUUAUUCACGCCAAUCCGCGUAUCGACUCCCCGUUGUCUGACUUCCAGGGCUUUCGCUAGGUCACAUGGUUGCGGUGCAGGUGACGGGACCCACCAAGAUCGGUGCGGGCAGCGCCGUAGCUCCGGAUGACCUCGUGUGCGUGCGAACACCAUCGGAAAGGCUUAGUCGAGAAUCCUCUUCCGACACCGCCAGUCUCCAGCCCUCAAGCUCCUCCACGCACCCCCAUCUCUUCAGCAUUCCAUCUCAAUAGCCACCUCUAUCCUCCACAGAACAGCCACUUGGGAGGCAUCA